AUGGAUUCAAGGAACCAGCAAUAUGCCGUUGAUGACGAGAUCGCCACGUUCUUCACAAAAUCGUCUGUAACCCGCGAAGCAUGCGAUAGCCUAGCCAAGGAACUCGUCGGCGGCGACCACGUGACCCCGGUCGCGGUGCAGGGCGCAUGUUCGUAUACCGUCUACGCUGGGAGUGACCUGGGUCAUGUCGUUCAGUUUCGCUUUAGGUCCCUCUGGCUCAAGGUACAGACGGCAGUUCUUGCCCGGCGUAUAUUCGGGACCUUGGUACCUGACGUAUCCUUCAAGCAGCAGCUCGGCGACGAGUCCAUGCCUACGACUGGCCAAGAGCCGCUGCUCGUCUAUGUCAUGACUCGUAUGCGGGGGAUAAGCCGCUUGGACUUUGUGCUUGGACUUUGUGCUUGCACAUGGCUUCCCGGAAAACUCGCCGACCAACAAGGUCCGACGGAUGACCCUGAUCCGGGAUGUUGCAAGGCGGUCGACAAGGCCUACCGCGAUCACAUCGCCGAGACGUUUGAGAACGAAUUACAGAUUCUGUUGGUUGCCCUCCCCGACCGCUUCCGCCCUAUCAUCCACGCCACGUUGAGAGCUCUGCCGAGCAUUCUCGCGCUUCCCAUGGUCGUCCUCCACAAAGAUUUCGGGGACUGCAACAUCAUGGUGGAGGAGGAGUCUUGUCAUCUGGUUGGUGUCAUUGACUGGGCUGAGCCGGAGAUCGGCCCCUUUGGCACAAACCUCCAUUCUCUGCAAGAUUUGAUGAGCAAAUUGCACAUGAAGAAUGGGUGGAUCAGGUACGAGGACUACGAUGAUUUGGUGGCUUGUUUCUGGGAGACCUUGGGCAACGAGCUUGGCGGGUUGGAGGAGGACACUAUGAAGGCUAUUAAGGCGGCGCGAGUUUUGGGCUUAUUACGGUCUUGGGCCUUUACCAGCCGGCUUGCAAAUGAGCCCACCCCGGUGACUAUCAAAGACGACGAGAGCGGGCGGUACAGGAUGAUGAUUCUUGAAGGGUUGCUCCUGACCCCCGAGACACGAUUCGAGGGGCUGGAGGAGUGGAUUAGAGUAGAGGAGAAGCAGGGACUUUGA